AUGGGAUUUGAUAUAAAAAGGUUUAACGAGUCGGACAUUCGCCAAGAAUUUUUGUGUCCAAUUUGUUGCGACAUUCUUCAGGAACCUGUAAUUCUUCAGGAAUGUGAACACGUAUUUUGUGGCCAAUGUAUUGGCCAAUGGUUUACCAAUUGUACCGCCGCCGAAGCUACCGCCGACAACAACAACAAGACGUGUCCAAUCGAUCGGCAAGUGGUCGACCAGCAGUCACUGCGACCGCCGCAGCGGUCAUUCAAGACACUGAUCUCGUCGCUGGCCAUUCAGUGUGACUUUGCCGACAAUGGCUGUCGGGAAAGGGUACCGAUCGAUGAACUUCCGGGACAUCGGUCACAGUGUGCAUACAAUCCCGAGGCUAUGGACCAGCAAAUUGAUUGUCCGCUUAAUUGCGGUGCUGUUGUCAGCCGACGGUGUAGUUAUACGAAUGAACAUAACUGUGUCAGUCAUUUGAAGAAUAUUCUUGAAAUGUCAACGAAACAGAUCAACGAAUUGAAACACCGAAAUCAUGAGUUAGUCGCUGAACGAAGACAACUGACUGAACAGAUUGAUGACUUGCGUAGAGAUAAUUGUCAACUCAGUGGUAAAUAUGAAGAAGUGGUCAAACUAUUGGAUCAGUUGUUGUGUACUGAAAAUGAUAAAUUAAGUACUGAUAGACAACAACAAUCUAGUGAUACAAUUAAAGCGUCAAUAAUUUCAUAUCAAUUCAAUAAUAAUAGUCACAAACAUAAUACUAAUGCCAAUAAUAUUAAUAAUGAUUUAAUUUCCAAUUCAUUCAAUACAUUGUCGAUAACUGCAGACAUGAAUGAUUUGAUUCAGUUUAUAAAUGAUAUAAAAAUUGAGACAUCAGUAGAUAAUAGACAAUUAGUUCAUACAUUGAAAACUAGAUAUUCGCUAACAAAUGAACGGGUAAUCAGGUCUAUGUUGACCAUCGAUCGGGGAUUGUUUGCACCGUCGGCUUCAAGCUAUACACUACAUCACGUUCGCGGUAUAGGACACGGAGCCCAUACCGGGCCGGCCACCUACGAUAUGGCAUUAUUGCAAUACCUGGACCGUUAUUUGCACGGCCACAGCGGCUGUAAAGUAUUGGACAUUGGUUCGGGAUCUGGUUAUCUAACCUGUUGUAUCGGGUCGAUGUUGGAACCGCUGACGGGACGAGUGGUCGGCAUCGAACAUAUCCACCAAUUGGUUCAGUCGGCUAACGAAACCAUUGACCGCUACUACGGCUGGCUAAAGGAGACGCGUGUGGUCAACAUUUAUUUAGGCGACGGCCGAUUCGGUUACUUACCCGAAGCACCGUACGAUCUGAUAUUUCUCGAACCGCUUACCCGUCGAGUACCGCAACGACUGAUCGAUCAGCUGAAGAUUGGCGGCCACCUGAUGGUACCGAUCGGGGCGCCCGAUAAGGACAUCAAUCUGGAACUGUUGACCAAACAGGCCGACGGCGACGUUGUCAGGCAAGUGGUUUGCGACGACUGGAAACUAAUGCAACCGAAUAAUGUGGACAUUCUCGAGGACCGGAAGGCACAGAUCAGGUCCGGUUGGAUACAUAAACUUGGGUUUUAA